GGGAAGGGGGAGGGAACCAGAAGGGGGGAGGUUAGCCGAGGCAGCUUCGGCGGCGGCGGCGCAGGGGCUGGUACGCGCUGGGCUGCGAGAGCCUCAUGGCGGAGGAAGAGAGCGACCAGGAGGCCGAGCGCCUCGGAGAAGAGCUCGUGGCCAUUGUGGAGCCCCCGCCAGGCCCUGUAGGGGCCGGAGCCUUGGGCGACUGCAGCGGUGGCGCUGGCGGCGGCGGCUUCGGCGGCGGCUGCGGCGGCGACGGAGUGGGGAUCAGCAGUCGGGAUUACUGCCGGCGCUUCUGUCAGGUGGUUGAAGAUUACGCUGGAAGAUGGCAGGUGCCUUUGCCUCAGCUUCAAGUUCUCCAGACCGCACUCUGUUGCUUCACAUCAGCCAGCGCAUCGUUCCCGGAUGAAUGUGAGCACGUACAGUAUGUUUUGAGUAGUCUUGCUGUGAGUUUCUUUGAGUUGCUGCUGUUCUUUGGAAGAGAUGAGUUUUAUGAAGAACCUUUAAAGGAUAUUCUCGGAUCGUUCCAGGAAUGCCAGAAUCACCUCCGCAGAUAUGGAAAUGUGAAUCUGGAACUGGUGACUCGAAUCAUUAGAGAUGGUGGCCCAUGGGAAGAUCCAGUGUUGCAAGCUGUACUUAAAGCCCAGCCAACAUCUCAGGAGAUAGUGAACAAAUACUUAAGUUCUGAAAAUCCACUGUUCUUUGAACUACGCGCCAGAUAUCUAAUUGCUUGUGAACGCAUACCCGAAGCGAUGGCUCUCAUUAAAUCCUGUAUAAACCACCCAGAGAUCAGUAAGGACUUAUACUUCCAUCAAGCACUUUUCACAUGUCUGUUUAUGUUACCUGUAGAAGAGCAACUAUUCCAGCAGCACUUACUGGAAACCGACUGUAGGAGUGGGAUCGACAUCAUCUGCAACACGGAGAGGGAAGGCAAGACAGCGUUGGCCCUGCAGCUGUGCGGGUCCUUCCUCGUGUCCCAGCUCCAGAACGGCGCCAUGUACUGCAUUUGGGAGUUGAUUUUCAUAUGGAGUAAACUACAACUUAAAUCUAAUCCUUCAAAACAAGUUUUUGUAGAUCAAUGCUACCAGCUUUUAAGAACAGCAACUAAUGUGAGAGUCAUAUUUCCUUUCAUGAAAAUCAUUAAAGACGAGGUUGAAGAAGAAGGUUUGCAAAUUUGUGUUGAAAUAUGUGGUUGUGCUCUACAACUUGACCUUCAUGAUGAUCCAAAAACGAAAUGUCUAAUUUAUAAAACAAUUGCACAUUUUUUGCCAAAUGAUUUGGAAAUCCUCAGGAUUUGUGCACUCUCGAUAUUUUUUCUUGAACGUUCCUUAGAAGCGUAUCAUACUGUUGAAGAGCUUUAUAAACGUCCAGAUGAAGAAUAUAAUGAAGGCACAAGUAGUGUUCAAAAUCGUGUUCGUUUUGAAUUACUUCCAAUUUUGAAAAAGGGGUUGUUUUUUGAUCCUGAAUUUUGGAACUUUGUAAUGAUUAAGAAAAACUGUGUUGCAUUACUGAGUGACAAAUCAGCAGUUAGAUUUCUCAAUGAAAGUACACUGGAGAAUUGUACAGAUAAUCUAAGAAAGGCAGUUCAGCAUCAAGGUUUAGCUGAUGAGCGUGACUGUGUCACGGAUCAGAGCGCUGCAGAGUGUGAUCCUGAUGAUAUGUCUGUAACGGACCCUAAAGGCCACAUUAGUACAAAGAAAAGCCUUGCAGCUCUUAAUACUUGCAAAGUAGAUCACAGCGUCCCAAGGCAUCGCUGCGUGUUAUGUAAUAAGGAAUUUCUUGGGGGUCACAUUGUAAGACAUGCCCAAGCUCAUCAGAAGAAAGGCAGUUUUUCGUGUGUAAUAUGUGGUAGGAGAUUUAGGAACAGAGGACUUAUGCAGAAACAUUUAAAGAACCAUGUUAAGAAGAUACAAAGACAGCAAAUUGCAGCUCAACAGGAUGAUCAGGAAAUCACAGCUUUAGAAGAAAUAAAUUGUUCCAGUUCUUCCAUUCAAUUUGAAAAUGGGAAUUCUAACAAUGAUUUGGAAGUAGGGACUCUGACUACUUCCACUGACAGAAACAAAGAAGUUAUAUCUGAGCAUGUUACUGAAUUCAUUGAAAUGCCUAUCGGUGUAUCAGAAAGUAUAAUUGAAAAUGACAGUCCUGAUACUUCUUUACACAAUGUCUCAGAGCCUUUACCUCCAUGUGAGGGUGACUAUGAAGAAGACGAUGAAGAAUGUGAUUAUGGAGAAGAAGAUUACGACCUGAAUCAAGAUGCUUCAGUGCUUCAUAAAAUCAAUGGAACUGCAUGCCAUCCAAAAGACAUCUAUGCCACGGAUCACGAAGGAAACUUUAAGUGUCCUGCUCUUGGUUGUGUCAGGAUAUUUAAAAAAAUUGGAUUUCUAAAUACACAUGCAAGGACCGUACAUCCAACUGAUUUAAAUGUGCAACAAACAGUAAUGAAAUGGAGCAGAGGAAAGUGCAAAUUCUGCCAAAGGCAAUUUGAAGAUUCUCAGCAUUUAAUCGAUCACCUAAAUAGACACAGCUAUCCAAAUGUGUACUUCUGUUUGCAUUUUAAUUGCAACGAAUCUUUUAAGUUGCCAUUCCAGCUUGCCCAGCAUACCAAAAGUCACAGGCUGUUUCAAGCUCAGUGCAGUUUUCCAGAAUGCCAUGAGCUUUUUGAAGAGCUUCCUCUGCUGUAUGAACAUGAAGCCCAACACUAUUUAAGUAAAAUACCAGAAUCAUCUGCACAGCCAAGCAAAGCAAUUCUUUUGGAUGUUUGUACAGACUCAAAUCCUAAUCCUUUGGAAACAGACUCAUUUAGUAAUGAAACACAAACUGUUAGUCUACCAGUUUCUACUAGCAAAUCAAGAAAAGAUUCUGCAGAACCAAAGACAUGUAUAGAAAAAAUGUGUUUGGAAAAGAAAACAGAAAGUUUAGUUCAGAACGGAAAUAAACAUUCUGAUGACACUCUUUCAAGUAUAAGCUUGAUAGACCAAAAGAUGCCUGACAUAGAGCCAAAUUCUCAGAAUAGUUGUAGUAUUACUGAUUCUAUGAAUGGACACAGUGAAGUACAACAAACAUCUUUAGUUUCAUCAGAUCCUGUUAUAAAAACUGAUACAAACAGAAGGACAGAAAAUGGUUCUAUUUUGCCCAGUGUUGUUCCACAAGAAAAUACUUUGCCAGUAUCUCAGGCACCAUCCAGACCAAAUCUUACAAGUGAACAUACUUCAUAUGGCUUAAUUGUAACAAAGCCAUAUGUCAGACCAUUGCCUCCCAGUUACCUUGAUGAACGGUACCUUAGUAUGCCAAAACGCAGAAAAUUUCUGACAGAUAGAGUAGAUGCCAGUUCUGAUCAAGAUAACAUUUGUAAAAAGUCAGUGAAAAGAUUAAGAUGCGGCAAAUGCCUGACCACCUACUGUAAUGCAGAAGCACUUGAGGCUCACCUUGCACAAAAGAAAUGUCAGACACUCUUUGGAUUUGAUUCCGAUGAUGAAAGUGCCUGAUAAAAAUGUUUCAGAAAGAUCUGUCGAUCCAACAGUAGUGCAAAUAAAAGUGCUACAAGAAAACGCAUCAUCGGUUUGCUAUUUCCCUGAUGGCCUUAAUUUUAGAACGGUCUCGGAUUACUGAAGAUAAAGACAAAGCACAUUUUCUAGAAUGAACUUGCAGAAGAGAUGUGCUGGCUAAGACUCCAAAAGGGUUAUUAUAUAACUCCCAAAGUACCAGUUAUCCAGAAAACCACAUUUUGUAGAAGUGUAUGAUGAUUAAUAGCAGCAUGUUCAGUUUUGCUUCUGUGAAAACAUGUUUGGGCAACUAGUCAGAAAGGAAAACCAGCCGUGGCCUUAUAGAAAGGAAAAAGUUAAUCCAUUAUACAAAAGGAGAUGAAAGGGAAGCUGGUUUACAGUAAUAAACAGUGGAAAGCAUUAUACAAAUGAAAUUUGUUUUGUUAUACAUAAUCCAAUUAUGUCCUCCUGGUCACAUGUUUUAAGGAACCAUUGCUAUUUGGUUUGUGAUAUAAUUUAGAGGCUGAUACAUAGAAAUCAAACUUAUUUUAUUGCCAUGUUAUCUAUUGAAGAUCAUAACAUUUCCAAAUGGUUAAUUAGAUAGGUAAGAACUCAGUGAAUGGCACAGAGGCAUUGAAAAUUAAGAGAACAAUGCUUUACUAAUAAGCUCUUAUUAAAAUCUUCCAUUUUGUAAUAAAAAUACAAGUGCUUGAAACAAAUGUUUGUAACACAAAUCAGUGACAUUUAAAAGGCAGCAUUGUCAAAGAAAGUGAAAAGUACCAUCAGUAACUGGCAGGAUAUGGGAGGAAGCUGAGACUAUUACAGCCUGUAUAGUUGAAAGAAAACACUGAUUUGCAGAUUCUUCAAUGUGAAUAAUGGUUAAAGCACACUGGGAUAUUUCUAUUUGUAUAUAGUGUUAGGACAUUGCUUGGUGAUUCAUAGUAAGGUCCUAUAGACAUUAGUGUGAGUUAUCAAAGUAUAGUCCUAUGAAAAUAACUGCUUGAAAAAGUCAACUAAAAACAAUUUGUUUUAUUUGAUUAGAGUUAAUUCCAAAUUAAGCCAUAUUCUUCAUGCUUUUUAUUCAUUAGUGAUGAAUUUGGUCUGAAUAAACAUUUUUAUAUGAAAAAGGAAAUAUUUACACAAAAAUGUACACAGCAGGAACAUGAUGAGAUAUAUUAAAGCGUUAUUUUCCCUGGUGACCAGUAAUUUUCCUAAGAAAGAUUAUAACCUAAUAAUUUAAACAAUAAAUGUUUUACAAGGUAAAAUUAAACCCUCUUGAAAAUUUUCCAUCACCAUUAUGGAAAGGAUGGUAAAGAUCUCCUUUUACCCAAUAGCUUAUGUUAAUCCUAAAGAGGUAACAAAAAUACAAAGGCAAAUUCUUGGAAAACGGACUAAAUACUCCAGUUAUGCCAUCUGAUAAAUUGUUGUUUAAAGCAGAGAGAGAGUCCCAUGAGAUUCUACUGUUAAAACUCCUAGGAAUAUUAGCUUCUCCAGUGAUGUUAGUUUUCUUCAGGGUAGAAUCCAGAUUUUAUCAAAUUAUGACUAUCAGAAGAUAAAUUCUUAAUUUUAUUUAUUUUUAUGGACAUUCACUACUAUGCAAUGAUUGUCAUAAAUCCAUUCCAAUGAAAUUUAAGUUUUUGUUUUGUUAUGUAGCCUAUAUUAGGCUGGAAUUUACAUAUACAUAAGUAAACAAACUCAUAAGCAAGUUUUUAAAUAUUUUACGGUCAAUUUAAAGAAAAUGUUUUCCAUAUUUCCUGGUAGUAAAAAUGUAUUAAGUGAAUUUUAUUUCAGUUCAUCUUAAAAGUAAGUCUUAUAAUAAAAAGUCUGUUUGGAACCUGGUUUAUUUGGACAAUGAAGUUUUUUUUGUUUAAACAUAAUUUCUGCUUUGUACAUGUUCCCAAAUUUUUUCUCAGAAUUUUAAAAAUAACAUUUGCCACAGUUUUUUUCUUUUUAGAAGUUGUAACUAUUGACAUAAAUCUGUUCCCACAAUUAAUUCUGACGUCCACGUGAAGAUGUUUUAAACAUAUUUUAUCUAUUAUGUCCUUAAGUUUCAUUUGAGGUUUUAUUUCUACUUUUGUGUUGCUAGGAGAAAAUUUUUUGAAAGAUCAAACUGGUUUAUAUACAACUAAAUCAAGGAAUAUAUAAUUCUAUUUGAUUGUGUUCUAACCUCUUUAUAUACACUGAAAAUAAUACCGAAAGAAUGUGUGUAUUUUGUUAUGUCUACCUUCUAAAGCAUAAGCAUAUAUUUUGCUUUUGUGGGGUACAUGAACUUAUAACAGUUCUUAUCUGGGACUCAAAAGAAAAGGAAGCUUUCUUUUUAUUCUCAGCUUUUCUUGUUUUCUACUUCAAGGAUAUAUCUUAUAUGGAGAAAGCUUCAAAUAAAAUGAAAAGGUUUUACAUUAAGAUUUCCUUCAAAAAAUGAAAUCCUGGGCUGGAGAUAUGGCUUAGUGG